ACGCAGCUGUUGGUCGCGGCAAUUCAAACAAGGAAAAGCCAACAUGGACGCACAAGUUCGAAACAGAAAGCGUGCAUUAAUGACUGAGGACGACGAAUGCUUCAACCAGGCCUCCCUUGUCGCGUCAAAGUGGAUUCUGGACUACCUUUUUGUCAAUGUAUGUCGUCGUUUUAAGGCGGGAAACUAUGAAGCAUUCAAAGACGCCGUUUCUACCUACCAGUCCGUUUCUCAGCAAGCCUCGCUGAAAGGAGGUAAAUCGAAGGAGAAAACGAAUAUAUGUGCUUUCCUCCACAGAGUCAUGCACGGGAAGAGGACAGACACUCAUUUUGAGGAGGACGACAAGUUGAUGCCUCUCAUGUCUGCGUACAAAGUGUGGUUUCAACUCAAAGAGACUGUGGGAGAUGACAAUUUAUUUGGGACCGUCACCGUUCUCUUGAUGAUUCAGACUGUAGUCAUGUGCUUGGAAAAAGGUGAUAAAACAUCAGCCUCCUUCGCCCUCAAGUGGUUUCAAGAGCAUGCCAGCAUCAACAAGACAGUGCGAGAAAAGCUUUCCACCAUAGUGGCCGAGACGGACACCUACAACCUGUUCCUCACCGGUUUCACCUUCAGCAGACUACUGGAGAUGGUGCGGUCAUAUUUGGACACCUACCUGGCCCAGAAUCCAUCAGACUAUCUUGUUAAGGAAGCCAUAAAGACGGUCCAGAGUGUGGAUGCUAAGGACGCCAUGGCAACAGAGGACACAUCUCGCCCAGAGAAGGUCGACGACUCGCAGAAGGAGGAGACAAACAGAACAAAACACAAUCUUCAGCCCGCCUUGAAGAACGCGUACAUCUGUCUUCCGAGUACAUCAGCGCAAGGGUUGCUGGAAAGAAACACCAGGACCACCAGCAAGGAAAAACCCAAUGUCGACGCUCCAGAGGACGAGCCGCUCCCACAGACAGAUGAUACCCGCAGGUCUAAACGUAAACUUCUGUCCACAAAAGCAGACGUGUGGGAAGGACAAGGUGAGAGUAAAAUGUGCACCAGACCAGCGACUUUAAAAGACAGCACAAAUACUUCAGUUCUCAAAAAAAGGAAGACACAUACGAAAUGGACCUAUGAAUUGGACAAGAAACUCAAAGAUGGCGUCAAGCGUCACGGCGUGGGUAAGUGGUCUCGAAUUCUGUUGGAUGACGACUUCGAGGGCCGCACCGGCACCAUGCUGAAAGACAGAUGGAGGAUCCUGGUGAAGGAUAAUAAAGUCGACUGAAGACGUUUUGAACGCAGUACGUAUUCGGGGUAUGAGGCACCCUCCUGUUUUUGGGACGUACCUUAGUGUUAACGUCAUGGUUGGGUUUUUUUUUUUUUUUUUACACACUCCAAACCUUAAAGUACCUGGACAAUAAA